AAAAAGUCAGUGUGACGAUGUAAAGCCCACAUCAACUGAUGAACGAAAUCCAUCCGGAGAGAGCCAGUCUAGCAAUGAAGAAGUAUUGAAAAAUGGUGAAAGUACAGCAGAUACAACAUCAACAAAUGAAAGAGAAAAUAAUUCUGGUGAUUCUGAGAAGCAAACACCCGAAACAGUGAGCAAAGGAAUAAAAAAGCCUGAUGAUGACAGUUCUACGACAUUAAAAGGCGAUUCUCCAAAGGAUCCUUCACAAGUACCAGAGAUAAGUCCGUCUGAUGUUGGCACUUCUACGAUAUCAAAAGACAAUCUUCCCAAGGCAAGUCCAGAUGCAGCGAAAGAAAAUAAUUCUGGUGAUUCUGAGAAGCAAACACCCGAAACAGUGAGCAAAGGAAUAAAAAAGCCUGAUGAUGACAGUUCUACGACAUUAAAAGGCGAUUCUCCAAAGGAUCCUUCACAAGUACCAGAGAUAAGUCCGUCUGAUGUUGGCAAUUCUACGAUAUCAAAAGACAGUCUUCCCAAGGCAAGUCCAGAUGCAGCGGAAGAAAAACAUUCUGGUGAUUCUGAGAAGCAAACACCCGAAACAGUGAGCAAAGGAAUAAAUCAGCCUGGUGAUGACAGUUCUGCGAUAUCCACAUACGAUAUUCAAAAGGAUCCUCCAGAAGCAUUAAAGAAUUCAGACAGGGACAUACCGGUAGUAUCAGAUAACCAAAAACGUCUUAUGAACGAUGACAGAAAAGAAGAUAAGGACUUUUGCUCAACAAAUGCUCAAACUACUCUCAGCACAAAACGUUUGGAAGAAGAUAAACGUCAAGAGGAAACCAUGGCGGUCCAUCUCAGACAAUCAUUGGAAAAAAACAACCAACUUUUAAAACGCUGCAGUGAUAUUCAGAAAGACUACGAAAAUGUUAAAAAGGAUUAUGAAGAAAUGGAGAGGAAGUACGAAUCUACUUCAAAAGAAAAUGCAGACUUAUUGGAGAAGAAUAUAAAGGUCACGAAAGAGUUGGAAGCAGUGAUUCAAGCAUCCAAAGAUUUAGCGGAAAAAGAUAUAGAAAAUCAGCGGACGAUGUUCGACUUGAAAACUGACCUGUCAGACAUUAAAAAAAGAUAUAAUGAUAUGGCACAACAGAAGUCUAGAGUAGAAAACCAGUUAAAAGAAGAUCAGAAGACAUGGACUCAAGAAAAAAACAAGCUGCAAAAAGACCAUGAAAAACACAAAAAGGAUAUGGAAAAAGCAAAUAAGGCGUAA